CUACUUACUUUAGCUGCAGAAUUCAGGGGAUGGAGCGACAACUGUAUCAGAAGACUGAAAUGGACUCUACCAUCAUCAUUCAUAGCCAUAGAGGGAAUUUAUAUAUGUGUGUGUGUGUGUGUAAAUGUAGAGAGAGAAAGAGAGAUACUAAAGAUUAGCACUAUGAAGAGAGAGAGUCAUUGACAGGGUUGAGUAGAGUGAGGCUAAGGCGGCUGGUACUUAAGGACCCUAUUUGUGCCAAGUGUAAUUGCCACUCGGGUAGGUUGAAUAAUUGAGAAAGAGAGUAAUUGCAUCAUCAAUGUCAUCAUAAAGGGUGGCCUCGCCUUUGGAAACCCAUUGCGGGAUUCGAGUUUGGGCUCGAGACCCGACGUGGGAUUGUCUGCUUGUGCCUUCGACGCUUGUGGGUUGUUCUUUCUGGUUGUUUCGUAGUCAAGAUUGAAAAAUCACUGUCGGGAGGAAUUCUAGAGAAUGGAGAAGGUUCUGGGCGCCGGGUUGGUUUGGUCUUGAAGGCGGGGUUUGAGGCAAUGUGAAGUGGCAUUUUUGGGGAGAAAAUGAAGUUUAUGAAGCUGGGGUCGAAGCCUGAUGCUUUGCAAUCCGAAGGCAACUCGAUCAGGCAUGUGUCGUCAGAACUUGCACCAGAUGUUAUUGUAAGUGUUGGUGAAGUGAAGUUCUACCUUCACAAGUUCCCUCUUUUGUCCAAGAGCAAUUACUUACAAAAACUCAUAGUGAAAGCCGAUGAGGAAAGCUCCGAUGAAAUUCAUUUGGCUGACUUCCCCGGUGGGCCAAAAGCUUUCGAAAUUUGUGCUAGAUUCUGCUAUGGGAUGACUGUCACUCUCAAUGCAUACAAUGUUGUGGCUGCCCGUUGUGCAGCAGAGUACCUUGAGAUGACUGAAGAUGUUGACCGAGGCAACCUGAUUUUCAAAAUUGAAAUAUUUCUCAAUUCCGGUAUUCUCUGCAGCUGGAAAGAUUCCAUUAUUGUUCUGCAGACUACCAAAUCUCUUCUUCCAUUGUCUGAGGAUCUGAAGAUAGUUGGAAGAUGCAUUGAUUCGAUAGCAUCAAAAACUUCUGUUGACCCAUCAAAUGUGACCUGGUCGUAUACGUACAACCGGAAAUUAACAAUUCCAGAUAGAAUAGUUGAGGUUGGGAUCAAAUUCCAGGAAAAAGUCCCAAAAGAUUGGUGGGUUGAAGACAUAUGUGAACUUGAUCUUGACCUGUACAAACGUGUUAUGAUGGCUGUGAGAUCAAGAGGGAGAAUGAAAGGGAAUGUGAUUGGUGAGGCGCUGAAAAGUUAUCUUGUGAGAUGGUUGCCAAAUUCAAUUGAUGCCCUGGCCUCUGAAGCCCACAACAAGAGGAACAAAUCUUUGGUUGAAACAGUAAUAUACUUGUUGCCUUCAGACAAAGACGCUGGUUGUCUGUGUAGCUUCUUGGUCAAGUUAUUGAAAUUUGCCAUUCUAUUUGGAGCAGAUGAUGCAUCAAAGGAAGACUUGAUGAAUAGGAUUGGUUUGAAAUUGGAUGAGGCUUCUGUUAAUGAUCUAUUGAUUCCCGCAAGGUCUCCCCAAACUACAAAAUACGAUAUUGAACUUGUGCAGUCCCUUGUACACAGAUUUAUGGUACACAAAAGCCGUACUCGGGAUUUGAACAUUGCUGAGAAGAAUGAGUUAAUCAGUGCUGAUUUUGUUUUAGGGCAUGUGUCCUGGUUGAAUGUUGGUAAACUGAUUGAUGGGUAUCUUGCUGAAAUUGCCAAGGAUCCUAAUCUUACCAUCUCCAGUUUCGUUCUCUUGUCAGAGUCAAUCCCCAAGUCAGCUAGACCAAUUCAUGACGGGCUAUAUGGGGCGAUAGACGUAUAUCUUAAGGAGCAUCCCAACUUGACAAAAACUGAAAAGAAGAAGAUCUGUGGGCUGAUGGAUGUCAAGAAGUUGACGCUGGAUACAUCCAUGCGUGCAGCCCAGAACGAGCGCCUCCCACUGCGAGUAGUUGUACGAAUUCUGUUUUUUGAGCAGGUUAGAGCAGCUGCCGGGGCUCAAGCCUUGAGCAACCAGCCUCGGGAGGACCCACAUUGCGUGGCUAACAACGAAGAAGAUUGGGGGAAGAAGAAGGCCGGGAAGGGCAGCGAGGGCAAUUCCCUCCGGGAACAGAUGAGUCAGGUGAAGAUGAUCGAUGGGUGUAAACCGAAAAAUGGCAAGUUGGCCACGAAGGAUGCCAAGAACAGGGGAAGUGUCACGCAGCUGCUGCCGUCUAGGUCAAGGAAAAUCUUUGAUAAGCUGUGGGUAGUGGGCAAAGGGCAUGGAGAAGCCGAGAAUAAGAGCUCAGAGACGUCUGGCAGUUCUCAGAGCCCAACUUCAAUGAUCCAUGGCGAGACCAAGUCAUCAGGUUCCUUGUCAAGACACAGGCGAUAUUCCAUCUCUUGAAAUGGUACUUGCAGCCCAUAAAACUGAAGAAAAGAAGCAGAUUUGAGAAUUGAGAUUUCUACAGCUGUAAGUGUAAAGAAUUUGUAGGUAGAUUGGUGUGGCAGAGGGUUUGGUUGCAAAAUGUUCUUUUUCUUCUUCCUUAUCUGUUGUUCUUCAUUGUACCAUCAUCUAUCUGUAUUACUAAUGGAAGAUCACCAGAGUUUGAACUCAUUUGUAAGGGCAAGAUUUUGUCUUUUGAUAUAGUUUUCACGGUCAAGUUAGUAUUGAAUGAGUGAAAUAAAUAGUAUUGGAUUUUUAAGCAA